AUGUCCAAGUCUCAGACCUGGAGCAAUGUCUUGGAUCCGGUCUCGCAGCGGUUACUAUGUAGAGUGCCGGGAAGUACCCUCCAGGAAGUCCAGAGGGCUGUUACAGCCGCGGGGGACGCUCAACAGGCCUGGGCCGCGCUGGGAUUCCAGGUGCGGCGAGAGCGACUGCUGAAGCUGGUGGAUGUACUCAGGCAGAUGUCGCCGGGCAUUGUUACCUGCCUGUCGCGCGAGGUUGGUAAGACCUUGGCCGACGCAGAUGCGGAAGUCUUUCGCGGACUGGACUGCAUUCACGCGGCGUGCUCCGUCGGACCGGAAAUGGCGGGAAUGUUCCUUGGGGGCGAUGCUACCUUGCUGCAGACGUUCUAUGAGCCGGUGGGCGUCUGCCUCUCUAUCACACCGUUCAGCUUCCCUUUCAUGAUUCCCCUCUGGUCUCUGCCGUAUGCUCUGAUCACCGGUAACACCGUCAUCCUGAAACCAUCCGAAAAGACACCUUCGACCUCCUCCCUGCUCGCUGAAGCCUUCGUCAAAGCUGACUUCCCGCCCGGGGUCUUCAACAUCCUCCACGGGGGGCCCUCCACCGUCCAGAUGCUCGUCAACCAACCAUCCAUCCAGGCCGUUAGCUUCGUCGGCUCAGAGCCCGCCGCGCGACAGGUCCACGAUCUUGCCCGCGCUGCAGGCACGCGCAUACAAGCCGAGUGCGGAGGCAAGAACCACGGAGUCAUUCUGGAAGAUGCCAACAUGACGUCUACUCUGUUUGCCAUUGCCGGCAGUGCCUUUGGCGCGGCUGGCCAACGGUGCAUGGCGCUGAGCGUGGCAGUCUUUGUCGGCCGCACACGCGAAUGGAUCCCGAGGCUCGUUGAGCUCGCAGAAUCGAUGGUCGUUGGCGCUGGGCGCGACCAAGAGUCCAAGAUUGGCCCGUUGAUCGAUGAGGCAGCCGUCAAGCGAGUCAGCGGAGUGAUCCAGCGGGCGAUCCAGGAGCAGGCUACGGUUCUACUGGAUGGUCGACAGAUUGAGGUCCCCGGAUACCCGGACGGCAAUUUCCUAGGCCCGACGAUUCUAACUGAUGUUGAGACGUACAUGGAAUGCUACCAGUCGGAGAUUUUCGGGCCUGUGCUCAUUUGCAUGGAAGUGGAUACCUUGGAGGAAGCCAUCGAGCUGAUCAAUCAGAACAAGUAUGGCAAUGCGUGUUCCAUCUUCACCACCAGUGGUAAGCAUGCGAAUACGUUUCAGCGGGGCGUCAAUGUCGGGCAGAUCGGGGUCAAUAUUCCACUGAUAGGUGCGUUUGCUAGUAUUCUACUCAGUCUUCAUGCUAACCAAUGCAUAGCUCCGUAUGGUUCGGCUGUUCGAACAAGCAACAAGGACUCGUUCCUAGGAGACCGUCACGCUCCAGGAAAAACGUAUUGGCCAUUUUUCACGACGACUAAGACUGUCUCGUCGCGGUGGGAGCAGUAG